GACCAAUAUCUGCUUUCUUCAGUAUCACAACAAUCAAUUAAAGCGUUCAAAGAAUCAUCUCAAAAGCCAUCACCAUGCAUCCCAUUUUCACUGCCAUUUGCAUUGCCCUCGUUGGCGUCAGUGCCCUUCCAGGUGCAAACGCCGCUGACCGUGGCAGCUACACCGUGUCUGGGCUUGGAACCCGAAAGCAGGCCAUUCUCAAAGCAGGUGGAAACACUCUUGACCUUGCAAUCGCCAUGCUGGAGACAGACAACAUGGGAACUGACUAUGUUUAUGGGGAUGCCAAAACUCUGGACUCUGCCAAUUUUGGCAUCUUCAAACAGAACUGGGGUAUGCUGCGUGUUUGCGCGUCCCGAGCAGGAUUUGCGGGAAAGAGUGAGAGUCAAUGGAAUGACGGUGCCAAACUCAACUCGGACCUGUACGCCGAUGUCGCUUCUCGUUGGGACUGCCAGGAGUACUACGGAUACGAUGUGUGGUUCGCUGGCCACCGCAACGGCGCUUCGGGACUUACAAACCCCGACACCGCAGAUAUCAAGACCUAUAAAAACGCUGUUCAGUGGAUCCAGGAACAAAUUGACUCUAACUCAAAGUAUCAGUCAGACGACACCAGGUUCUGGGUUGACGUUACGGCAAUCUAAAGUCCAUCAUCGACAACUUUGUUUCCAUUGAAGCAAGCUCGGACUGUGAGAGGGAUUACUUCUGUGUAUCUGUGCCAGCUUACCUGCUGGCACGAUGUGCUUGGAUUUGUCACCUCGCUCCUUUCUUUCAUUGCAUGAAGCAGGUCUUCAUAGCCCUUCUAGUACAUAUCGAUUAAGCUUGAGC